CUCUGCAUCAACAAUGGCGUCCCCUAAUAUGUGAUACACGGGGAUGAAAAAUGUUGAAAACGGGGGUUCAUUUUUCAUCUAAAGAUGGCGGCGCCCAUGAAAGUUCACAUGAAACUAAAAACACAUUAACAAUAUUCAAGAAAAGUGAUACGAUCAACGAGAAUAAUUCACCUUGUUAUUCCGACACCAAUAGCUCAUCAGCGAUCGGCCCUGCAUUUCAUAUUGAGUAUGGAAAGUUUGAAGUUUCAGACCCAGCGUCAUACAUUGAACUACAUUUGGAACAAGAAGAUUCUGAAAUUGAUUCUCAUUCAAUGCAAGUGGAAGAAGAAAAUGAAAUUGGAAACAAUCAGGGUCUGGAUUGGCUAAAAUCAAACGCUAACACCUCAGAUGUGGACAUGCUAGAAAUGUCUAAUAAAGAUUGUACGUUAAUGCCUACUAUGGGGCUAGAUUCCCAUUCCCUUAUUGGGGGAUCAGAUGCAGAUCUGUCAUCAGAAAAUUUGGACUAUGUGUUUUCAAAACAACAUAACUAUUUUGAAGUUCUAGAUGGUGGAGAAUAUGUUACUUCACUUAGUAAUUUUGCUGGCCAAGCAACAAUAAACUGGGGCAGUCAACAUACUCAACAAUUAGUUGCAAAUGCAGAUUCUUGCCACCAACUUUCACUCUCUACUGAUACAAAUAAUUGUAGCGCAAAUGAUCCUGUGGGGUCGUUUGUAUCAUUUCCAGAUACUGGUGAUAUAUUAGAGGAACCAUUAAAUAAUACUUGUAAUGUAAGUUCUAAUGAAAUAGAUUUGAACAGUAUGCUUUUUGAAAAUAUUAACAAAUCUGAGUCAUCAGCAGUAAAAGUUGUACAAUUUUCACCAAAUGCCACAAGUUUUAUCACUGGAAAUUUGAAUAGUGAGUCUCAUACUGAUAAUGCACUUUCAGGCUCCAUAUUAAAAGCAGUACCUUUAUCAAUAGCCGGAUCUAUGCCUAUACCUGAAAAUAUUUCCAUAACUAAUCUACACGAUGUUAACACUGACCUAAAUUUAAAUAGUCUACCUAACUUCUUAGGACUGGAAAACAGUCAGUGUCAUACUCAUAGUUUCACAACCCCUUCAAUCAGUAGUGAUUAUAUUGACAGCCAAACUGUAGUUAACAUUUUGCAGGGCUUAACCCCAGCAAUAAGUCAGCCAGAAAAUGGUAUUAAAUUUGAAAAUAGUACCUCACGGUUAAUACAAGACCAUCAUCUGGCACAUCAAAGCCUCAGUGUUACAACUAUAUCCAUUUCAAAUGAUGAUGAAAAUGCCACCAAAAUAUUAGUUGAUAGCCAUCAAGGGCAGCAACAAAUGUAUGUGAUAAAAACAGCAGACUUAAAUCAAACAUCUUCAACAAAACUAAACAUCAACCAAGGCCAGCAGAUGUUUGUUAUAAAUGCAUCAGAUCUGAAGCAAGAGCAAACCGCUUCAUUCAGCGUUGAGACUGUGGAUCCAACCAGAGCACAGACAGACACUGUUGUUCGAAACUCACAAUCCAUAAACAUUCCAGCCUCUGGAAUUCCUGGUAAUAAGCCUAACUAUUAAUAAAUAAACAACAUUAUUAAAAAUUCAUAAGUCUAAGCCUACAACAAAAUUUGAAUAGUUAUCAUAAUGGAGCUAAGAUAACUUUAACUUUUAGCUUUGUGUACAAUUUAUUUAAAAAUUAAUUUCUAUCAACAAAUCAAUCCAUGAAUGAAGUAUUGACUUUUUUCACAAAAAAUUGAAUGUGUUUGUAGCUUGCUUUAAAUAAAAAUUUCUGUGAACUGGUUUGUUAGCUAAUACUAAUGUUAACUCUCUAAUUCACUGAAAUAUGAGAGUCAGUGUUGUAUAAGAUAAUUGUGUCUUUUGAUAUUGAAGAGUUAACCAGAUUUAUAAACACAUUAUUUCUUUCCUUCAGGAAUUGUAUUCAUGCCUGUUACUGUUGUUGAUAGUGCAAAAAAUGUUAUCCAAACAGUGCCGCUGCAAAUAGUAGAAAAUGAAGACACAAAGGUAAAACUCAUGUUUGUAAAAAAUAAAUCAAAAUGACAAACAUUUAAUCAUUCUUUUUCUUUCAGUGUUUCAUUAUAUUAUAGUUGUUUCAUUAUAAUAUAAAUUAGCUUCUACGAAUAAUACGUUUGAUUAUUUUUAAACAUACAAUUUUAUUUAACAAGUCCAUGUAUAGUAAUUGUUACAUACCAUCUUUUUUAAUUUUUAAAUUGAAAUUUAUUUCAUUUACCAAAUGAAUUCAUUCCAAAUAUUUUUUGAAUUUGCAGAGAUCUAAAAAACUGUUGAUGUGUUCAGAACCAGGUUGCAGAAAAACAUUCAAGAAAGCAUCUAAACUGAAAGUUCAUCAGAUGCUGCACACUGGCGAGAGGCCUUUUAAAGUUAGUAAAACAAAGUUAAAAUUAUUCUAGUUUAUUGACGCCCUGGAACUAAGUACAUAAUUUGCCCUUUUACUAAAAUAGUUUUAGUUAAGUGUAUCUUUCUAUUCUCUUUAUUUUGCUGUUGAAGCUUCUUAAUCUAAAUAUCCAUUGCUUUAUUUUGUGAUCUUUGAGGUUUUCCCCAUCUCUGUGUGUUUUAUUACAUAAUGGAGUUAGGGUUAGCUUUAUAAUUUAUUUUAAUUUUAAUAUUUCUUUAUUUAAGAAGCUAGACCAUCAUCUCUCUAAGGCGAACAGAUAUCAAUACAGCAAUAUUUAUGUAUUUAUUAAUACAUAUAUAUAUAUAUAUAUAUAUAUAGAUCUAUAUAUAUAUACAGAUACAAUGUUUUUGCACAAAUUACUAAUGCAGAAACCAAAACUACAUUGAAAAAAGGAAACAGAAAUUUUGUUAUAAAUAAGUUUCAAUUUUCACCUUAGUGCAAUUGGUUAGGUUGCGAAUGGGCUUUCACCACGUCAAACAAGCUUAAAAGACACUUGGAGUCUCAUGAAGGUCGUAAAGAUUAUGUGGUAAGACUUGGUUUAUUGAUACUCUUAAAUUGAGUUUUAAAUGGGAUAAAGCAUAAAAUUUGAUCAGUUUAGAUUCUGAAUCUCAACAAUGAUUGUUCUAUAUAUUCUUUAGAUGCCAUAUACUUGAAAUUAUUAUUUGAGUUUAUUGCUGAUUGACAGUAAUUAGUAAUAGAAUAAUUUAAAUUUGUUAAUUCAAAUUUAUUUCAGUGUGAUAAACCAGGAUGUGGUCAUAGAUUUACAACAAUUUACAACUUGAACACACAUCGCAAGCUUCAUGAGAGACCAUGUACAGAACUAUGUCCAAAAAAUGGAUGUCAUGAGAGCUUCCCAACUAAAAAGCAACUUGAUAUACAUUUACGAAAUGUCCAUGCAUUUGAAGAUAGAACUUUCAAGUAAGUUCCAUGGCAUUUAUGACAAAAUGUUUCAGUAAAAAAAUUUACAAAUAAAAGUGCUAAUUUUUGGCCUUAAAAUCAUGAGAUAUAAUAACAACAAAAAACACUAAUAAAUAAUUUAUUGGCUAUGAACUUUUAACUAAACAAAGAAAGUUAUGUAAGCAGAUUAACUUUUUUGCUUUAUUAAAAAUUGUAUCUUAGAUGUGACAUGAAUCAAAAUUUUAUAAAAAAGAAAUAAUUUAUAAGAUUAACUAGGAUUACAAUCCUUGCCUACCUAUCAAUAUACUAUCAUCCAAAGCACAUGAUUUAGGCUAGUAUUAGUAAUUAUGAUAUUAUUUGUUCAUAUUUUGUGACAUGUCUCUCAUAUGAACUUUUUCAAACAAAAACCAACAUUAUAAUGACCACCACAGGUGUCCUGAACCAGACUGUGAAAAGGUUUUCUUUUCCUCUGGCUGUAUGGGGUCCCACAUGAGAAUACACCAGCAGAACUUGGAGGAUUUGCGUUGUAAAUAUCCUGAAUGUGGAAAGGAAUUUACCAAGACUUGUAGGCUCAAGCAGCAUGAAAAGCUUCACACAGGAGAGAAACCUUUUGCAUGUGACUUUCCGGUUAGUUCUCACUUUAUUAUCUACUUCUUUCUUUCAAUGCUAAUGCUAAGUUAAUUAGUUUGAAUUUGAAAAAAUUUUGUCCCUGAGUUUGAGUAGUUACCUGUUUUCUUCUCUUUUAUAGGGCUGCAAUUGGGCUUUUGCAACAGUCAGUAAAUUAAAACGGCAUCAAACUAAACAUACCGGUGUUAGAAAAUGGGCAUGUCCUAUGUGCAGGAAACAGUUUCAUAGAUCAGAACACCUUAGAGGACAUUUGAUCACCCACAGUGGGGAUAGACCAUUUGUUUGUCCAGUAGAAGGUAAGAUAUCAAUAAGCUAAAAUGUGUCAAAGCAAUAUUUUGAAAUGGUGCAUUGAUUGUAUACGUUUUUGUGUUUUAUAUGUUUUAUUUUUAAUGGAGGUGUAGAAAGACUUACCUAUUUCAUUCCUUCCCAGGUUGUGGUAAUACAUUUACAGCAAAAAGCAGCUUAUAUGUACAUUUAAAAAAACAUGAUGAAUCAGGCAAGACCAUUGUAUACCAUUGCCCAAUGGAAAAAUGCGAAAGACAUUAUGCCAACAAAGCUAGUCUCAGGCAGCAUAUCCUAGUCAAACAUUGCAAUGUCCCACAAAGUAAGUGGAAUUUUUUUCUCUCCAUAUUUGAUUAUUAAACCCUCUUUUUUUAAAUUAAAAAAUUGCUGUCAUAUUCUUCUAAAAUUUCAUUAAUUUUGUUUUAUGCUAUCAUUUAAUUUGUUUACGUUGUUUUUUUUUGUUUUUUUAGAUGAAAGCACAUCAAGUACUCAUGGUGCUUCCAAUUGGUUGAGUCUACUUGGUCCAGGGGACCCUAACAAUGAAAUAAAUUUUUCACAGGAAUCAUACACUGAAGGUAUCUCAGAGCUGUACAUUUGGCAAUAUUUUAAAAUACACAUAUUUAAUUACCAAGUGUUUAUCUAUACAUCCAUACAUGUAUGUCUGUAUAUCAUACCUUAAAUUAAGCACCAAUCAUUGUAUUUUUUAAUUAUUUUUUAAAAUCUGAUAAAACCUCCAAAUAAGACAUUUGCAUGUAUCUCAUAGUCAAUAUUUUUUAUGCAGAAAUUGUUCUAUCACAGAAGUAAAUAUGAUUAACUUAAAAACAUCAACAUGUUGCAUUAUAUGUUAAAACUGUCAUAACUCUGCUAACCUUUCAUUUUGUAAAUAUUUUUUGACUUUUUGAAAAUUCGGAGAGUGAGAAAGGGCAGAAAUUUACACUAGGGGAAGCUGGGUAUUGGAAUUUGACAUGUCUUAAGAGCACUUGAAAUAACAGACCUGUUUACUCUUACGAUUUUGGCGUACAAUGUACGAUUAAGAGAUGUAUUUUACGAUUGUACACCGAAACCUGUCAAACUAUGAUUUUAAGAGACCGUUGGAAAAUAUAUACAUUCCAGUAUUUUUUUUCCGAUUAAACAAAAUUAUAAUUAAUUAAAAAUUAAAUUUUCAGUUGUUAGUUUUAAUUAGCAUUCUACAUCCAGCAGUGAAUGGAUCCAAAAAUACGAUUGGCUGGAGACCAUCUAUAAUAAUACUAUGUUUACCCUGAGAAGCAAAUGGAGGUGUGUUGGUUUAGGAGAUUUUGUGUAUGGGGGGGGGGGGGGGUGGUCUAAGGGGGGGGGGGCAGGUCUAAAUAUUGUGUGUGUAAAAAUAAAAAGAAAAAUAUUUAAAUAAUAAUAGGGGGGGGGGGAUGUCCCCCUCGGCAGAAAUUAUAUGCAUUAUUCAAAAAUCGUACAAUAUUAAUCCCGAAAAUUAAUCGUCCAAAAAUGGUAUAUUUAUAUCUCCAUAGCUGUAAAAUGUCACAUAAUGUUUUGUAGGAAUUAUAGUCAUAAUGUUGCCAUGUUUUUUCACAAAUGAACCUGCUAGAUAUCGCUCAAAUAGUACUAAGUAGUAGAGGUAUUACAGUAAUAUUUAGUCCAAGUGUUCAAGUGGAUGUGACAUAUAUUUUGUUGGGCUGCGCCCCUGGUUCUAAAAUUUUCGUCUCCUGGCUCAUUUCACCAGGCUCUCUGUGUGAAAUUGUAACAAGUACACUUUGAAAUAGCGAAUAUAUAAACAAAAUAAAAUAAAGGGUUGGAUAAAAAGUAAAUAUAACUCUUAAGUAGGUCUCCAAUUGCCAUCUAGUAACUGCAAACAGUAUUUACUCAAGGGAGUUAUGUUAACACCCCAACUGAAAGUUCUCACAUUGGAUUAAAAGUGGAAAAAAAAUUAAUUAAAUUUUGUAAUGUUUCGCAACGCUCCUGUGAGGAAUUUACAGCAACCCAUAUAAAAUAAUGUGCACCCCCACCCGGCCAGACCAGUAAAGGGACAAUUUAUUGCGUCCUUUGUCUUUGAGAAGUAAGUGGAAUUUUAUUGUUUAAUUCACUAUCAAAUUCCUUUCCGAAGAAGAUUUUGGCGCCCCCUGUUUUUGUGCCUAUUGCUCUUCGACUCAUUCUCAUGGCCCUGUCCGAGGGCAAUGAAAACCCAGGAUGAUGCGGUAUAUAUUCUGGGGACCAAUGGGCUCGCCGAAUCCCCAGUGGUGAAAACCCAUGUCACAUUUUGUUUACUUUAACAUCAUAAAUAUAUCAAGAUUAUUGGAUUUUGUUUGGUGUUUUUUUCCCCGAAAGCUCCUUGUAACGUACGCAAGGGGAGGGUUGUCUUUAAAAAAAGUCAACCGCUCACCUAAAUAUUAAUUGAUAUCUAUAGCAGAUACACAUCUGCAAAACAAAGUGACAGCAGAUUGCAGUGAACGUCAGUCAUCUAUCUGUUCCCCUUUUUUAUGCCAGCUCAACUCAAUUCCACUGGACACGCGAUACGAGUAGUUAUUGUAUUCAUUAUAUAUACUGUAUGUUUAUUUAUUUACUGUUAAGAUAGUGUAUUGUACGAUUUUGAAAUGAUAUUGUACGAUUUUAGGAUUUUUAGGGUAAUAAUAUCUGAAAAUAGUGGCAAACUCUCGACACCACGUGUUUACCUUGAGACUUACGGAAAGCGCACUUUCGCAUUUGCUGGUCCAACUAUUUGGAAUGCCCUUCCAGUCGAUCUCAGAAACAAUCAGACACUGGAGUCCUUUAAAACAGAUUUAAAGACACAUCUAUUUCGCAAACACCUUCUGGGAUGAUUGUCAACCUUAUUUUCCAGUUAAUGCAUAAUGGCUGUGUUGCUUGGGGUUGAAAUGGCUAGAAAGACUCUGCAAUUGUAUGCUAGUAAUUAGUUUUUGGAGUGUUGCGUUUGUUUUAAAUGUGGUAAAUUAUAGAUUUGUAUUUCGUUGACUUUGUACCGCGCUUUGAGCCUUUGGGGAUGAAGCGUGUUUUUGAAAUGAACUUUAUUAUUAUUAUUAUUAAAUAAUAAAAGGUCUGAAAUAAUAUAUGGACAUUGAGGUGGGUCUAAAAAAAUAUUUCUGAAAACUUCAAGUAAACUUGAUGCAAAAAUUGUCUAAUAAGUCAGUAAAUUCUUAUCUUUUGUUAAUUUUUUUAAAAUGGUAAUUGCUAGUGAUGCAUGAGUUGCAGCAAGGUUCUGCAACAUACUUGAAUCUCAUAAUUUAAAUGUUUUGAUGUUGCAUUUUCUAACAUUUCAGCAUUGACCCAAGCAGCUCUCACUCCAAGUCAUGAUUCCAUGCUGGCAACUGACUUUCUCACUGGAGGUGGGAUUUCCGUUAACUAUCUUAUUUAUUGUCAUUCUUUUCUUUGACCACAGCAUUGAUUUGUUUGCUUUUAUUUUAAAUUUUGUCAUUUAUUUUUACUUUAAUGAAAAUUCAUUAUCAAAAUGUAUGUGUAAAUAUAUAUAUAUAUAUGUGAAUAUUAAUUUUAUCCUUGGCAAUAUUUUUAUAACUAAACAAAUGCAUAAAAGAAGAUUUGGAAUGCAUCAAAAAAAAAUGUAACAUAAUUUAAGUAAUUGACAUCAAUGCUUCCACUUGCUUUUGUUUCUAUCAACAAUUAUUGUCAUGACUCCUGCUAUUUUCUUUUACACUUAGAUGGUUCAAUUUUUUUCCAGAUGAUGUAAGUUCCUAAAUUAUCUCCAUUUUUUUUUUCUUUACAGGUAUGGCAGACCAGUCUUUGCUGAACUCAUCCAGUGAGAGCAUGCCUGAUCCAUCCUGUAACAAUCUCAUCUCACAUCUGAUGGUGUCAACUAGUGACUCUUUGACUUCCCCAUCUUUAACAGUCAGUGCAUCAGAAAUCCAAUUACCGCAGCCACAGCUUCAGCUCUAUCAAGAAGAUCACAUAGACCAAAGACUUUUGGAAGCUUCUGACAUUUUACAGGUAAAUUAUUCUCAUAGAAAGUGUAAUGGCAAAUAACAUUUCUGGGAUACUCUUUACCUUUAAAAAUGUAUCACUGUCUAAAAUUAUAUUCAUAUUAGAAAUUAGUCAUUUGUCUAAUUAAUUUAUCGAAGUUUGCUUUUUAAUUCUGUGUCAUAACUCAUAAUAAGUUGCCGCAAUUCUGUAAAGGCUGUCUAUUAGUUUGGAAUUUUAGAGUGUCCUUUAAAUUCAAGUCAGCAUAAUAAAAAUACUAAUUUUAAUCAUUAUUCAUUUUAAAAAGUGUCCAAUGACAUUAAUAAUGAUGUGAUCUAUUUCAGCGGGAAAGACUGUCUAGUGAAGCUGUUGAAAGGGGAAGGAAAAGUCAAAUAAUGUUAGAGAAUAUGCAUGGUUCAGCUCGAACUGACCCUCGAAGCAAUGACAUCAUCAGUCAAAGAUCCCUGAAAAGGUAUUGUUGCAUUUGCUUUCCUUCAAAUAAUUAUACCAAAUUAUGUUUACCAUUUGUUCAACAAACUUGCAUUUGGAGUUUUACAAUAAUCAAUAAGCUUAUCAAAAGCUGUUUCAAUUUCCUUAUUUAUAUGGCAUAGAUUAAUCUCAAAUAAUAAAACCACUUUUUCAUUAGAUGGCAGAAGCAAAAAAUUAUUGAAGCAGCCAAACUGAAAACUCAACUUGAAGCACAGAGCAGACCAAAGUCCCCUGUCAGUAUUGUUGUCAAUGCUUCUGGUGAUUAUAAGAAUCCUGUCUCCAAUAACGUGUCUCUGAGCGGUCAACAACGGGUAAAAACUGAAUUGGUUUCGCGACCUUUAGGAUUAAAUGCUGACAACGUGGCAUCUAUCAAAGGUAAGUGCAGUAAGUCUGUAUAAAUUUCUUUAAUCAGUGAAACAAUGGUUUCUAAAGUAUAAUCAUUGUAUGAUUUUCAUGUGAUCCCAUAAAUCUUAUUUUGAUAUUGCUUUCUUUGUAAUGCAUUGAGGAGGGCUGCAUUUAAGAGAGUAUUAACAUGAUCAGAGAAUAACUAAUUAUUUUUUAGAUCUGAAUUGUCAAAAACUAAUCAUCUGUGUACAUAUUAUUUUUUAAAAUUCUGAAUAGUUUGUGUCAGGGUUAUGUUACACAAAGUUUUUAUUUGUAAAUCACCCAUCCAGAUGCUUUGGUUUGACUGUAUGGUUUUUAACUUUUGGAGUCUUUUUUUUAACUCUAAUGGAUUUAAAAAAAUUAACUUAAAAAUUUUUAAAAUUCACCAUACCUAUAUGGUAAAAAUUAUGUUUUCAUAUACUUUAUAAAUAGUUUGGGGGGAAAAAAAUAAUACGUGUAACCAACAGCUUUGCUCUCAUGGUUUUAAUUCGAUUAAUAAUUGUUCAUAAAAUUAUUAAAAACUGUUUUUUUGUAGCAGAAAUCCCUGACAUGGAGUUACAUGCUGAAGACAUCUCAGACAUGAUCCUUGACGGAAGUACUAUUUCAGCAGAUUCAUUUAUGACUGAUUUGUUCAUUAGGGACCCUGAAACUGGCAUCACAUAUCGACAAACUCAGCUACUACAGGUAACUGAAUAUUUUUAUUACAAAGUACUUAAAAAAAGAAAAUGAUAUUUUGAGAUUUAAAAAAAUAAAAAUGCAGAGCAUUGCUGCAAGCUGAAGACUGAGACCUAAUGAUAUCGUCAGCUAGCAGAAAUGUAACCACUUUAUUAUAUGUAGUAGUAUUUUAUGUAAAGUCUUUCGUCUUCUGAACUUUUGAUGGAUUUUAUUUGUUUUUCUUGCCCUCUUUCAGGAUGACCCACCUAAUCCAGACAUGAUGGAAGAUAUUGAUGUUGCACCUUCACAUAGUAUGGAUCCAAGCUUAGAUGCCCAUUUUGUAGAGGACUCAUUAACAUUUCACAGCAUAGAGUAACCAUGCAUAGCAGUAUGUUCUGUUGAGGUUAACAUCUAUCAAAAAACUGUUGUACUUUUAAAAUUUUAUGUUGUUUUUUUUACUUUCAAAACAAUUUAUCAGAGUGAAUGAUCAGCUUCUAUUUCUGAAACAAAUGUAUUGAACUCUUAUUCACAUAACUGUAACACUUUUUGUUUAAACUUGAUCAUGAAUUUGUUUUUCAUUUACAAUAUUAGAUAAUAUUAAGUUUGUCUAUGGCGUUUUAAAAAAAAUAAUUAUUAUUUCAUGGAUCAGAACUUAGACAGUGGUGUCAAAAAUAUGUGUUGUCAAUGGUGAUUGAAAUUAUUUUAAAAGUUUAGCAUAUACUUAAUCUGCUGCAUAACUUAUCUGUUGUUUGUUCUGGCAUCAAAUAUACGGUACCAUUGUGUCUUUCAGGGUAUUCUUUCAUAGUUAUUGAUGCAUGUAUUGUGUUCAUUAUGUUUGAUGCAGAUAAAGAGCAGCUUUUUUUACAUUAUUGAUCUUUUUUUUUGUUCUUGUAUGAAAGUUUGUUCUUUAUACUUAAGCUAGAGUGUUACUUUUAAAACUUGUUAUAAUUUGAGAUUAUUAAUAGGUAAAUGCUACUAAGAUUUUUUUACAAUGUUAUUGUUUCUAAUUUUUUAGAAAUUGUGGAUUGCAUACUGAUCUGUGUAUAAAAUAAACGCAUGAUUUUACAAUUUUAACUUCAAAAGUUAUUGUUAUUGAUUUUCUAAGCAAGUGAACUGCAAGGAUAUUCUUUAACACUAGAUCUACUAUUAUUAUUUUAAAAAUUUUGUAUUUAAAGGGAUCCAAUAAUUUGUUUGAAAUACAUUUUUAGAAUACAUUUUGCUUUAGCUGUACUUGAUUUUUAUUUCAAGUUGCCAAAUAGAGCGUUUGAGAUGCUAUCACCCUACUUGCCUGCCUUUUAAUCAAUAGGUCUAUAGAGUCCUGCACCCAACCCAUGGCUCUUUAUUGAUUAAUAUAAUAGUUGCCUCCCCCAAAAGAAAAAAAAAAUUCAAACUUUUUACCAGAGUUCAAACGUCACCUAUGACAACUGUGUGACAGCUUUUUUUUUCUCACUCA